AUGCGCGCACAAGAGGAGGCUGGCUGCACUGAAAAGGCCCGCACUCGAGAGGAGGGCAACGACAACAUCGCUCAAGGCUGGUUCAGUCCUGGCCAGGUGUUCGUUCUGGAUGAGUACUGCGCUCGCUACGGGGUGAGAGGCUGCCACAGACACCUCAGUUACCUCCAGGACCUGAUGGAGUACUCCGAGAACAGCUCCCUGGUGGACCCCACGCUCCUGCACUACAGCUACGCCUUCUGUGCCUCCCACGUGCACGGCAACAGACCAGACGGCAUGGGGACAGUGACCGUGGAGGAGAAGGAGCAGUUUGAGGCCGUGAGGAGCCGCCUGAUGGUUCUACUGGAGGACCAGAUCACACACUUCAGGUAUUGCUUUCCUUUUGGACGACCAGAAGGGGCCCUGAAGGCAACACUCUCCCUACAAGAGCGGGUCCUGAUGAAAGACAUCACGACUCCAGUGCCAACAGAGGAGAUGAAGAAACUCGUCCAAAUGUGUUUAGAGAGGGCCGCGCAGAUCAACUACAACCAGCUACUUGAAUAUGCACAGUUGAAAGUGGACCCCGAGGCCCCUCCAGAGAAGAGGCUGGAGGACAUGAUGAGACUGGGAGAGCUCUGCAUCGAAGUCUUGCAGCAGAACGACGAGCACCACUCCGAGGCCUUUUCGUGGUGGCCGGAGGCGAUGGCGGAGCACUCGGAGACCUUUUUGUCCCUGUACACGGCGGACAUGGACGCCGCUCUGCAGGGCCAGCCCGUCGACUCGUGGGACUGCUUCCCCCUCUUCCAGCUCCUCAACAACUACCUUCUGACUGACUCUCACUUGUGUAACGGGACGUUCCACAAACACCUGCAGGACCUGUUCAUGCCUCUGGUGGUACGGUACAUCGACCUCAUGGAGUCCUCUAUCGCUCAGUCCAUCCACCGCGGCUUCGAACAGGAAACGUGGCAAUCCGUCAACUUGCAAGGAAUCAAUCUACCUGACAUCUUUAAUGGGACGGCCACCUCUGAAGACUUGUUCUGGAAGCUGGACGCUCUGCAGAUGUUUGUGAUGGACCUGCACUGGCCUGAGCCUGAGUUUGCCAAACAUCUGGAGCAGAGGCUGAAGCUGAUGGCCAGUGACAUGAUGGAGGCGUGUGUGAAGAGAACAAAGUCAGCGUUUGACUCUAAGAUGCAGAAAUCCAGUAAGUCGACAGAUUUGCGGGUGGCGUUGUCGGUGUGCACCAUGUUCAAUGUGCUGAUGGAUGCCAAGAAGCAGUGCUCCAAGCUCUGUGUGCUGGACACGGGCCAGGAGACCGACAAACAAUGGCAACAGUACCAUUCCAAAAUCGAUGUGCUGAUUGACGACACGUUCAAGGAAAUGAUAGCGUCGCUGGUGUCCAAGUUGGCGUCUGUCCUCGACGGCGUCUUGUCCAAGCUGUCUCGAUACGACGAGGGGACCUUCUUCUCCUCCUUCCUCUCCUUCACCGUGAGUCCGGCAGCUCGUUUUUAUUGUUUCACUCCGCUCCUGUGUCUCUCGCAAUCGAUCGAGCUUAAAACAAAACAAUUGCUCUGUUCCCCACAUGCCUCCCCCUCCCCCACAUCUCCCCCAUAUCUUCCCUCUAUCUGCCCUCCCUCAAGGUUAAGGCCGCCGCCAAGUACGUGGAAGUUCCUGUGA